CUAGAUCGUCAUCGCUCGCUCUAGGCUUGACCCAAACACGCACCUACUUGGUUAAGCUUCUCUAUAAAUAAUCACUCUAGUACGCUCAAACAAAUCAAAACACACACACCCAAAGAGAGAGAGAGAGAGAGAGAGAGUGUGCGUGUGCGCGAAAUUGAGAGUAAGAAGCAUCGAUUUACUUCCAUCUAGAAUCUAUUCUAUAGUUCUCAUUUCACCAUGGCAAAGCCUCGCAAACCAAAGAACGAAGACCCAAAGCCUGAAAACUCAGGCGCCGUAGUGCACCACCAAAAACUUUGUCUUUCCAUCGACAUGGAAAAACGUCUAGUUUACGGAUACACUGAAUUGGAAAUUGCGGUACCAGAAAUUGGGAUCGUUGGUCUACACGCGGAAAAUCUAGGGAUUGAAAGUGUAUUUGUUGAUGGCGAACCUACGGAGUUUGAAUAUUACCCUCAUCAGUAUCAUCAAUUGGACGAUGAAAAGAGAUGGAGUUCGGUUACUUCUCCUAGCUCUGCUGCUGAUGCUGCUGUUUCAGUGUACUUGUCUUCAUUGGAAAAAGAACUUGUGCCUAAUUUACUCAUUAAUUGUUGUAAACCUUUCAAGACUGAAACUGAACAGUCUCAGGAACAACCUGUUGCUGAAAAUGGGGUUCACUCCACUGCAGAGCCUAAGCAGAAUGUGAGAACGGUUCGUAUUGACUAUUGCAUAGAAAAGGCAGAGACAGGAAUCCACUUCAGAGAUAAUGUUCUUCAUACCGAUAAUCAGAUAAGGAGGGCAAGGUGUUGGUUCCCUUGUAUAGACGACAAUUCACAGCAAUGCUGUUAUGACCUGGAGUUCACUGUAGCACACAAUCUUGUGGCUGUCAGUACUGGAAGCUUGCUAUAUCAGGUCUUAAGCAAGGACAAUCCUCCUCGGAAAACAUAUGUCUAUAAAUUAGAUGUUCCAGUUGCUGCAAGGUGGAUAUCCUUGGCUGUUGCCCCAUUUGAAGUUCUUCCCGAUCACCAAUUUGGUCUCAUAUCGCAUAUGUGUUUGCCAGCUAAUCUAGCAAAGAUGCAGCACACAGUGGAGUUCUUCCAUAACGCCUUCAGCUGCUAUAAGGAUUAUCUUUCUGUAGAAUUCCCAUUUGAUUCGUAUAAGCAAGUUUUUGUAGAGCCUGAGAUGGCAGUUUCAUCAUUGAGUUUAGGAGCUUCUAUGAGUAUAUUUAGUUCUCAAGUUCUGUAUGACGAGAAGGUUAUUGACCAGACUAUUGAUACAAGGGUGAAACUUGCAUAUGCCCUUGCAAGACAGUGGUUUGGUGUUUAUAUCACUCCCGAGUCACCAAAUGAUGAGUGGCUCUUGGAAGGGCUCGCUGGUUCCUUGGCAGAUUUUUUUAUUAAGAAGCAUUUGGGUAAUAACGAAGCACGUUAUCAGCGAUACAAGGCAAAUUGUGCUGUGUGCAAGGUUGAUAAUAGUGGAGCAACGGUUUUGAGCUGUUCAGCUUCCUGUAAGGAUUUAUAUGGAACACAAUGCAUUGGUUUGUAUGGAAAAAUAAGAUCUUGGAAGUCUGUGGCAGUUGUUCAGAUGCUGGAAAAACAAAUGGGUCCCGAAUCUUUCCGUAGAAUUUUGCAAACUAUAGUUACUCGGGCUCAAGAUAAAACGCGAUCCGUAAAAACACUUAGUACUAAGGAGUUUCGACAUUUUGCUAACAAGGUUGGUAAUCUCGAACGUCCGUUUCUUAAAGAUUUCUUUCCCCGAUGGGUCGGUUCUUGUGGAUGUCCUGUUUUAAGGAUGGGAUUUUCCUAUAACAAAAGGAAGAAUAUGAUUGAAUUGGCCGUGUUGCGAGGAUGCACGGCAUUGCAGACUUCAAGUACAGCUGUUCUUGAUGUUAAUCCAGAUACUGAAAAUCGAGAUGGAGAUUCUGGAUGGCCUGGUAUGAUGAGUAUCAGGGUGUAUGAACUUGAUGGUAUGUAUGACCAUCCGAUUCUACCAAUGGCUGGAGAAGCAUGGCAGCUUUUGGAAAUUCAAUGCCACUCAAGACUUGCUGCUAGACGGUUUCAGAAACCGAAGAAAAGUUUAAAACUUGAUGGCUCUGAUGAUAAUGGCGAUGUGCCUUCAAUGGAUAUGCGCUCCAGCAGUACAGAGUCCCCUUUAUUAUGGAUCAGAGCAGAUCCUGACAUGGAGUACCUUGCUGAGAAUCAUUUUAAUCAACCAGUUCAGAUGUGGAUUAACCAAUUAGAGAAGGACAAAGAUGUUAUUGCUCAGGCACAAGCAAUUGCAGCCCUUGAGUCAUCACCCCAGCUAUCAUUUUCUGUUGUGAAUGCCCUGAACAGUUUUCUUACCGAUUCCAAGGCUUUUUGGAGAGUAAGAAUCGAAGCAGCAUUUGCAUUGGCGAAUUCAUCAUCUGAGGAAACUGAUUUUUCUGGUCUACUUCAUUUGGUGAAAUUUUAUAAGAGUCGAAGAUUUGAUCCUGACAUUGGACUCCCAAAGCCAAACGAUUUUCAUGAUUUUGCCGAAUAUUUUGUUCUUGAGGCCAUUCCACAUGCCGUAGCUACAAUCAGAGCUGCUGACAAGAAAAGCCCAAGAGAGGCUAUUGAGUUUGUUUUACAGCUAUUGAAGUACAAUGACAACACUGGGAACCCUUACUCAGAUGUCUUCUGGCUUUCUGCAUUGGUCCAGUCAAUUGGCGAGUUUGAGUUUGGGCAACAGAGUAUUCUCCUAUUGUCAUCACUCCUCAAGCGCAUUGACCGGCUUUUACAAUUUGAUAGUCUCAUGCCAAGCUACAAUGGAAUCUUGACUGUCAGUUGUAUCCGGACAUUGACCCAGAUUGCCCUAAAGCUUUCAGGGUUCAUUCCUCUUGAUCGUGUAUAUGAACUUGUAAAGCCUUUUCGAGACCUAAAGGCAAUUUGGCAAGUACGAAUUGAAGCCAGCCGAGCACUCCUUGAUCUCGAAUUCCACUGCAAGGGCAUUGAUGCAGCACUUCUUCUAUUUACCAAAUAUGUUCAGGAGGAGCCUUCCUUAAGAGGCAAGUUAAAACUGGGCACCCAUGUUAUGAGGCUAUGCCAGAUGAGAGAUGUUUUGAAUUCAAAUGAUGAAAUUACAAGCCAAACUCUUGUCUCUUUGCUCAGUUUAUUAGAAGGACGUAUGGCAUUUAAUAAUGUCUUUCUUCGUCACUACUUGUUCUGCAUAUUACAAAUACUGGCAAAAAGACCCCCAACUCUACAUGGAAUUCCCAGGGAAAGUAGAACGUUGCAUAUGAGUCUUACAGAAGCUUCUAACUAUCAGAGGAACCUAUUUGUUCUUGAUUCAGAAAGUAAACCUUUGGAACUUCCAAGUUCCACUCAAAACCUUACACAAGAUAUGACUAUGGCUGAGGCUUUGAGGGACUCACUUGAUGAAGCUCCCAAGGAACCAACUUGUGAAGCUCCCAAUGAAACACACAUUGAAGCUCUAAAAGAAGCACCCCUCGAGACACCCAAAGAGGACUUGACAGAAUUUCCCCCUGAAGCACCACCACCGAUUGAAGCUCCCAAUGAAAUUUUCAAGGAAGCAGAUACUGUAUCGAAUAGCCAUGAAAGAAAAAGGCUAAUCAAAAUCAAGGUUAAACAAUCUUCUGCCACCAGUAGGGCUGAUACUGAUAAUCAAAUGGUUGAACGCUCUUUAGGUGGACGAAAUGAAAAUGACCACGGAGCUACCAGUUCAGUUUCAGUAGAUGCACCUCAGAAGAAUUUUGGGGAGACUGUUAGCAUUGGUAAUCACAAUAUUGAGGAAGUUAAUUCUUGCCAUGAUCAUGGUUCUCGCAUGACUGCCAGCAUUGGUAGUGCAAAAGUUUUGAGUGAUGGUGACGAAUUGGUCAAAGAACUCCAAUGCACUGCCGAUUCAAGUGUAGUUUACUCUCAACCCCAGGCAGAUGAUCCAUCACCAUCUAGUAUUAUCCAGGAUAACAAUAUAGAUGCGGAUGCACGGCGAUUCGCCAGCCUUCAAACACUUUCAGUUACAAGAUUUGAUCUUGAUGGAGAAUCAUUUGGCAAAGUAGUUUCUGCUCGUGGGAAAGAAAAACACAGAGAUAAAGAUAAGAAACGGAAACGGGAAAGUCACAAAGGACAGCCAAAUGACCCAGAAUAUUUGGAGCGAAAACGAUUGAAGAAAGAGAAAAAGCGCAAGGAAAAAGAAUUGGCAAAACGGCUGAGUGAUGAUGCAAAAAGAUCUUCCAUAGACUUGUCAUGUAAGAAAGAUGAACCUGAAGUGGACGUUGCAAAGCAUCUGAAAUCUGUUGAACCAAGCGGAUAUAAUUCUAUUUCAGAAAUCGGAAGGAUUGAUACCAAACCAGAAAUCGGAAGGAUUGAUACCAAACCCGUGGCAUCUGAAGGUACAUCUGGUGCACCCAAAAUUCGAAUUAAAAUUAAAAAUCGAAUGAUCAAUAAGUCAUAAAAAUUAAAAUUAAAAUUUGCUAUUUUAUUCUGUAGAGGUUAGAAUGAAAGUAACAAUGUCCUUUUUAUUUACUGGGAUGUAGUUUUCUUUUCAAUGUCCGGCUUAGUAUGAUUUUCUUCGAGCUUUAUUUGUUGGUAGUUUUUUAAUCUGGUUAAAGAUAGAAAUAUGAUUGCAAUUUCAAUCGUAUAGUAUUCAAAUUGUGACUGGAGCGAUGUUUAGAUUAUGGUUGUAAAUUUGUAACUCUGCUUCAGUUGUAAAUUUACAAUUUUGUUGUAUUGUUCUUUAAAAUUGUAAUAUCAAAUCCAGCGGGUUAAAUAUAGA